GGCCUGAAACUUACUGUGCAAGCGCAUUAUGGUCGUAUUAAAGGUCCCAACUAGACGAUCUACUUGAGCUAGCAAGGUCCCCUUAAAAAAAUUAGAAUAACUUCCAAACGUGAUUGCUUACAUGUUAGUUCAGCGUGUGCUGGUUCAGGUUAGCUGUUCCGUUAGUGCAUGCAAGCCCUGACACGCUUUUCCUUACCAAACAUGGUUGAAAAGCGUAACAACCGAUGUCAAAUUUCAACGCCGCACCAUGCAGAUAGUACAUGCAGAUAAAAGCCUGAUAUUGCACUUCUGGUGACGCACCAUGCUGCUGCUGCUGCUGCGACGAUUACUUUAUCGGCGACGAGACUAUUUUAAUGCCUUUGACAAGCUUUCCGUCUACGUUCGGUGCCCCAUGUGCUGGAUGUAGAUCCAGAGGCGAUGGUCCUUCCCUUGGAGUGUGUCCAGCGCGACCCAGAACCAAGUUAUACGCAGGUGUCCAAAUCGGCAGCAGCAAUGCACGAAAGUACUGGAGAUCCCUCGCCCUCCUCAAUCAUCCGUUGAAGGAAGGAAGGUCUGGACGAGUACGAACAAACGUAUCUUGCUCAUGAUGGACGGAAGACGAGGACGAGAGGAAUUGAAGCAUGAGAUCAGAGACUUGGAGCGAAAGCAAAGAGAAGUCGCACGACGCAAAGUGGUCAUGAAGAGGGCGGAGGGCCUAACUCUUGGAACAUAAUGUGAGGAGACCGAAUUUUCUCUGAUUCAGACCGAGAGCUUCACCACGACUCGGACUCGGACGGGGAAAGAGAAGGGCCUCUCAGGAGCUGUAACUGUACCCACAGGCGCAGGACUGUAAAAUGGCCAAAUCGAGGACGGAGGGAGGAUGAUGGCCCAGGACAGCAAACGCCAGUCAGAAAAGGAUUCUCCAGGACGAGGGCAUGAAAGAAUCCCCCGGGGCGGCGAUACAGAUACUUACAACACUUACUACUGCAUGAGACUAGCGUGUCCUCAGCUGUUACGUUGUUUCCACACUAUAGCGUGAGAUACUCGUCGUCGUCCCCAAGCCCUGGAAGAGAUGAAAUGGCAGCUAUUCUGGCCAUGGGACGGGAGCCAGGAGGAGGGAUGGGGGAGGGGAGGGGAGUAGACGAAGACGACGACGACCAGUGCUACGUCCAGAGCAGAAGGGAGUAAUGGAAGGAAGCACAUGUUAUGGGCUGGCGGGCGGUGCAGGAGGGGCACCAUAAUGGAGUCGGGGACUGCAUGAGAUGAGAGGGACCGGGCUGAGGGAGGGGACCCUCGGCUGCUGCAGCAUUGGCGCAGCAGAAGCAGAAGCAGAAGCGUACCUUGCCCAGCGGGGAGAGCACUUUGCGCAGGCGAGGUCUGAUCGGCUGGCCAGACCGCCAGACACGCACGCAGAUACACACACGGUCAACCUCUAGCGCAGGGGUGGUGAUGAGGCAGGAGUAAUAGCUGGGGCCAGACGGACUCGGUUUCGAUUCGAGCGGGGCCAUGGGUGAUGAUUCCAUCUGCUCCAUCUUCGUUGACGACGAGGAUUCGAUCAUUGGAUGUGGCGGAGUCGACACCGUGUGGGCCCCGGCGAGCCUGAGCGGCGAGAUCGAUGGAGUGCAGAUCGCUCGGUGGUCAGGACCUUCGCGCUCGUCCAGUCGAACCGGGGUUAUGAUGUGAAGUAUGUUGUACAAGUCUUCUUAAUUGAAUGUAGUUAUUCUGACGAGAGUCCGAAACUCAAGUUCCAAUAUUCUUAAACUUUGGAUCGAGUACGCGCGAGGGGGUGGUUCACAGUGCCUCGGAGUCAACUGCAAGCUACCACACGUUUUGUGAGCGCUCCCUUAGUGGAAUCCAUCGCUGGGCGAGCGCAUUGUUCAUCGAAACAGUGCCAAUUUGUGCAGGCGGCCAGUGGGUCACGAAACGAAGCUCGGGCCUCCAUCACAUUGCGACUUAAUGAGACAAGAGCAGCGGUAUCUGCAGUUGCUCUCGAUUCCUUCGCACUCUGCCGGACUCUUCAGCAUCCAAGUCAGUCUGCUCUGUGUACCCUCGCGAGCAUGUUACCACAUUUAAUAUUUUGAUUUGUCAGGCAACCACCAAAUCUCUCAGGACCUUCUAUGUUUGGUAGCUCUGGGUCAGUGCCCGGGCUCAGGCUAAAGCUUGCCAACUGCGUGCCCCGUAAGUCCUCCCGAGCUCCCAACCGAGGCCGGCCUCGAGCAUUUCAGCUCGAGAAAGCCUUUGAUGACCACGUUCCGAGGCUAGGGUUACCAACUCAGGACAAGUACACCGACAAGCUUGCGCUGGAAAUCGGCUGACCUGAAGCAAUCCCCACUCCCGUACUAAAUGAGGGGCUACUUUCACGAUCGGAAUCAUUCCAAUUUUUGUGACAAUGAGCUCCUCGUCAGUGCUCAGACAGACAUCUCAAGAUCAGGGCAGGGCUAAAGUGAAGCCAAAGUCUCGCGACGUUCUGCCAUGGAGUGCUCUUGGGAUGACCUCCGUCGGAGACGAGGCUCACAACUUGCGUGAUCGUCGUCCAACAAGCGUCUCGGUUCGCCCUCCUUGAACUCUGGAGCAAUACCCACUCCUGUACUAAAUGAGUGUCCACUUUAACAAUUUGGAAUGAUUCGUGCACAGUUUCGGGUUUGUCUUGGAAGUUUGAAUGCUCGCUAUUCUGGCAGGGAUAUUUGGCAGCCUUGAAUUCUGAACUUUGCGAGAAAAUCCCAGGCUUCAAUCACAAGCAGCCACUAGCAGCAGUCCUGUCUAUGUUUCUCAUCACAUCGUAUUAUCAUUUACCUGUUCGGCUCCGGCCUCCACAAAGUACGUGGGUCCCAACACGGCGGGCGAGCCGAGUGGAGGAUAACCAUUCGAGGUUUCGGAGCUGGUAAAGGCUCGUCGUAGAGUAGUGUGUAGAGUUUCAGAGGUGGGGUACCGAGCGAUCAUCGACGAGCUCCUCAUCUUGAUGCGGGGCGAAAAGGGCAGUGACAUUGAUCCUCUAGGGGCCCGCUAGAGCCGCGAAACCUCGUUGCUAACCAACCGCUCCAGCUACUUCGAGAGAAAAGCUCGGUGACCCCUAGUGCGCGCCAUGGCCGAUGCCCGUGGCAGAUGAUUAAACUCCAACGAGGCGAUCGUCCUUGAUUACCUACCUUCAUCGCCAUUGUCGUCCCUCGCUCGCUUGCUGCUCUGCGCCAGACGGUUGUAGUAAGCCCGAUCGGUCCCGCCACGAUCGCCACACCGCCAUUUUCUCGUGUCUCGUGGAAUUCAAAAUUACUUUCUCCACUAAUUUUCUCUACCAUCUCCCGAUGGCCGUUCUUCCAUUAGUGAAUCAACCACCUCCAGAACUUAAUUGCGCACGAUUUCUGGUAUCGACAGCAACGCCCGUGAACUGUUCUUCGCAUCGCACACUCAGCAAUGUUGACGAUUUGCAGGGCAAACGUUCGAAGGCAAGAUCGAGACGGGCUGCAUCGAACGACCGUGCAUCGGCCUUUUGGACACGGGGAUAUUUAUUUCUGUACACGCACCGGGGAGUGACUCGGAGAAUCGAGAUUUAGAUCUAAUUUUUAAUUUGAUACAUAAUGCAUGCUUCGCAAGAAAUUUAUUUUUAAGAUGUUUCUUUCAAUUUUCGCUAC